AUGGGACUGAUCCUCGUCGACAAGCUCAUCGGCCGCCUGCGCGGCAAGGAGCCGGUCGAGCUACUGCGCGAGGUCUCUCCGACCAAGGACGUGAUGCACCUGAGGAUGCGCCUGUCGAGCGGGCGCCGCUUCAAGUUCCAGGCGGGCCAGUACAUUUUCCUGCAGGCGCCGGGCAUUUCCGGGGAGUGGCACCCAUUCACGCUACAGCAGCUGUAA